AUGGCCGCACAGUCCAAUCUCAGACGGACGGCAGCCGAGGACGCCUUGGCUGCCUUCGUCGACAAAUGGACAUGUGCUGCGCGGUCUAGGUUUCGCGCAACUUCUCGAGUCACUCGAAUUCUCGCCACUAUUGCCCUCACUCUCACCGUAGUUCUCGGCGGCGAGGGUUGCCGACGACGAUGGAAGCGGAAACACCAAGAGCGAGAACAGGGCCGCAAGUUGGUCCGGACGAAUUCGUGGCUUCACAACGAAGAUGGCUCCCGGACCAUUUACGUGCCCUACAAAAAUGGAACUUCCAAGGUCACCAUCAACACUACAAAGCCCCUGACAUUCGAAGCUCACCGUCGCCUGUUCCUUAACCCACCGCGGGUAUCCGGCCUGGGCGACGGCACUGUUCCCUCGGCCCAGACGAAGCCCGGCCUCAACUUGGCCUUUUUGCACCAGUUCCUGAGCCUUCUGAGCAUUGUGAUACCGCGAUGGUCAAGUAAGGAAGCAGGCCUGCUUCUAAGCCAUGCCAUCUUUCUGAUGCUUCGAACAUAUCUGUCUCUUAUUGUCGCACGCUUGGACGGUGAACUGGUCCGCGACUUGGUUGCUGGAAAUGGAAAGGCCUUUCUCUGGGACAUUGUCAAGUGGUGCAGUCUAGGCGGGUUUGCAUCAUAUACCAAUGCCAUGAUCAAAUUCUUGGAAUCCAAGGUGUCGAUCGCUUUCCGCACACGCCUCACCCGAUAUAUCCACGACUUGUACUUGAACGAGAACCUUAAUUACUAUAAGCUUCACAACCUGGAUGGUGGUGUCGGCCACGGGGCGGAUCAGUUUGUCACGCAGGACCUAACACUGUUCUGUGCAGCCGCUGCUAACUUGUACUCCUCUCUCGGGAAGCCUUUCGUGGAUUUGUGCGUCUUCAGCUUUCAGCUCUAUCGCUCCCUCGGCCCGCUAGCUCUGUCAGGCUUGAUGAGCAAUUAUUUCCUCACAGCAAGCAUUCUCCGUAGACUCUCCCCGCCCUUUGGAAAACUCAAGGCAGUUGAAGGACGCAAGGAGGGCGACUUCCGAAGUCUCCACGCACGGUUGAUUGCCAACGCCGAAGAAGUUGCCUUUUACGGUGGCGCCGACACCGAGAAGACUUUUUUGAACAAGGAAUACAAGUCUCUCAAGAGCUGGAUGGAGGGCAUCUACAUGCUCAAGAUUCGCUAUAAUAUCUUGGAGGAUUUCAUUCUCAAGUACAGCUGGAGUGCCUACGGCUAUCUGCUCGCCUCACUACCCGUUUUCCUCCCGGCCUGGGGUGGAAUUGGCGGUGCUGCUGAAAUGGUCGACAACCCCGAGAAAGGCGGGCGGGAGCGUAACCGAAUGAAGGACUUCAUCACUAAUAAGAGACUUAUGCUGUCCCUAGCUGACGCCGGUGGCAGGAUGAUGUACUCUAUCAAGGAUUUGUCAGAGCUUGCUGGGUACACUAGCCGAGUGUACACCCUGAUCUCUACUCUUCAUCGCGUGCACGCGAACGCAUAUUACCUUCGCAGCGGACAAAACGAGCUCUACUCGUUGUCAGACGUACAAGGAACUAUUCAAAAGGGGUUUGAUGGCGUCCGAUUCGAGCACGUGCCGGUUGUUGCCCCGGGCCUGUGGCCGCAGGGGGGAGACGAGUUGUUGGACUCAUUAUCGAUGAUUGUUCGUAAUGGGGAGCAUCUUCUGAUAUCUGGUCCGAAUGGUGUAGGAAAGACUGCGAUUGGCCGCAUUUUGGCAGGUUUGUGGCCAGUGUACCGAGGCUUGGUCAGUCGACCGAAGAACAUUGGGCAAGAUGGAAUCAUGUUCUUGCCGCAACGGCCUUACCUCAGCCCCGGAACUUUACGUGAUCAGGUCAUUUAUCCUGACGGUCACGCUGACAUGAAAGAAAAACGCAAGUCGGAAGUGGAACUCCAAAGGAUCCUGGAAGAAGCGAAGCUGGGCUAUCUCCCUGACCGUGAGGGCGGCUGGGACACAAGAAAGGAGUGGAAAGAUGUGCUCAGCGGGGGUGAAAAGCAGAGAAUGCAAUUUGCUAGGCUGCUCUAUCACGAGCCUCAGUACGCCAUUAUUGAUGAGGGCACCAGCGCAGUGUCAAGCGACGUGGAAGGCCUUUUGUACGAGACGUGCAAAGAAAAGGGCAUCACCCUCAUUACGAUAUCAACCCGAGCAUCACUGAAGAAAUAUCACACAUUCAACCUGAUGUUCGGCAUGGGCGACAACGGCGACGAAUGGGAAUUUGAGCGAAUCGGCACGGAGCGUGAGAAGAUGCAGGUUGAGAAGGAAGUACAGGAACUUCGCGAGCGCCUGGCAGAGGUUGAUGAAUUGAAGAAGCGACGCGAUGAGAUUGAGCUGGAGCUUGCCUCGGUGUGGACGGACAAGGGAGAAAGUCUGGCCGCACCUGAAGACACGCAGGAGGGAGAGGAAACCGAGCCAGCUAAGACCGAGUCGCAGCAGGAGCAGGAGCAGCAAGAUGCCACGGAAUAG